AUGAGGCAUUCAAAAUUUGACGUAGCAAGGGUCAUGGUAAGAUCCAGUUAUGCUUUGGUGGUUAAUGAGGUGAUGAGGUUUUCAAUCAACGGGGAGGAGUUUCAUAUUAAGAUUAUAGAGGACAAUGUUGGACCUUUGAGAUUAGUGAGUGAGAAAAAUAUUGAAGUAGCAGGGAAUGAGGAGGUUGAUUUGAUGGAAGUUCAUUGUUCUGGUGAAGUUGAUAUUCUAGUGGUUAUGGUGGAAGUCGACGAAGAAGAUAUCGUGCACCUUGAGGUAGUAGGGGGUACAUUGGAUAAUAGGUUAAUGGGUGACUUUUCAAAAGUGGAUGAUGUUACCAAGGUGGGAGGUUUUUUUGUUGAUACGAAGGAUGUCUCUGACGUCAUGCUAGAUACCAAUAGUUAA